AUGGCUGCAGUGACUGAAACCUCCACCCCGGUGGUCCCCGUCGAUGAAAAAAUCACCUUGAAAGGUCUCGCACGGGAACCUCUCAAGUCGAAUGGAAGUCUCGAUGCCUUUGAGUCUUUCGAUGUGACUCCAGUCAUUGGACGAGAGUUCCCCAAUGCUAGUUUGAAGGACUUCUUGCGCGCACCGAACUCCGACGAUCUACUUCGGGAGCUUUCUCUGACCAUCUCGCAGCGUGGAGUUGUUUUCUUCCGAAAGCAAGAUGGUCUAGAUGAUGAUCUGCAGAAAGAACUGGUCCAGCGUCUCGGAGAACUCUCAGGCAAGCCCAGCACUUUAGGGCUACACAUUCAUCCGGUAGUCAACUCUGGACGUGAGCACAGUGUCAAAGACGACGAAAUCAGCGUUAUUAGUUCGGCGCAACGAAAGAAGCUCUACACAUAUCGCAAUGAGCGCAGCCAAAGCUCCCGUAGAGAGUGGCACAGCGACAUCACCUUCGAGCCUAUUCCCAGCGAUUACACUCUCUUGCGACUGACGGAACUUCCCAAGACCGGCGGCGAUACCCUCUGGGCAUCAGGGUACGAAGUUUAUGACCGGAUUUCCAAGCCGUACCAACAAUUCCUGGAGACUUUAACAGCAACAUAUGCUCAACCCAGAUUCAACGAGAUUGCCAAGAACAACGAUUUCAAAGUCCACCCUGGUCCACGCGGUGCGCCUGAAAAUGUCGGCGAAGAUCUGAGCGCCGAACACCCUGUCAUUCGCACCAACCCCGUCACCGGGUGGAAGAGUGUUUUUGCCGUUGGGUCGCACGUACAGAAGAUCAAUGAUCUCUCUGAAGAAGAGAGUCGCCAUUUGCUCCAAUGGUUCGUCACUUUGAUUGUAGAGAAUCAUGAUCUGCAGGUACGCCUUCGCUGGCAGAACCCCAAUGAUCUCGCCAUCUGGGAUCACAGAUCGGUCUAUCAUGCGGCGACUUGGGAUUAUGACGGUCUUGGUCCUCGUACGGGACACCGUGCUGUCGGUCUUGGCGAGAGGCCUUAUUUGGACCCUGAAAGCAUUGGGCGUCAGGAAGCACUGGCUGCUCAGGAAUAG